CACGAUCCAUUUUUACCACUCGGACUCCACAAACCCGCGACUCUGCCUUGAGCUCUCUCAGAGAAGUCGGGUCACUCAACGGAUCGUAGGACAAUUUCUCCCGUGCUAAACAAUCCCUUUGCAAUUGCCUCUAUUCCCUUCCUUCAACCGUUCUUCGAUCUAUUAGAGCCCCGCCAUCUGCCUCUAAAAAUGGAGGCGGAGCUCCAGUCACAGAUCCCAGGUCUUGACCAUGUGAUCUCAGAGUAUUCGGUGGGAUAUCUGACCCACGCCUCGAAGGCUUAUGUCGAGGAUGCCACUGCUCCAUCCCCCGUAUCGGAAGCGGCUGAUCUGGUCACGGAGCUUCUGCUGUCCGCGUCGGGGGAUUUUUCCCCUCAGAACGAAAGCUCUAUCAGAAACCUAGUGGAGAAGUUCAUCUCCUCGCUGAGCGCUUCUGAUGACGUCGACGGGGAGCGCCGGCAGAUGCCAUUCACUGCGAAAAAGCUGGACCAGGCUAUCAACGUUGGCUCCCAGAGGAACAUUUCCUCAACUCUAGGUCUGGCGGGUGGUAACGUGGACUUGGAAUCCGCCAACUCUAGAAAGGUCGAGUCCCGUGUAGACCGCAAAAAACUGGAAAAGGCCGAACGUAAGAUUCGUGCCAAGCAGGAAAAGAAGCAAAUGAAGACCGUGCACUAUGAGUCGUCACGUCUCCUGAACCAACCGGACAGUACCAUGUCCUACGAAGAGUUCUUCAUGGCUGUCAAUCCGCUCCAGUUGGGUGCCGACUCACAGUCCAAGAGCAAGGAUAUCAAGGUCGACAGUAUCGAUAUUUCAGUCGGUGGCCAUCGUAUUCUAACCGAUGCUUCUCUUACUCUGGCCUAUGGCCGUCGGUAUGGUCUCGUGGGUCAGAACGGUAUUGGUAAGAGUACCCUUUUGCGAGCGUUGAGCCGCAGAGAGGUGGCCGUGCCUAGCCAUAUCUCGAUUCUUCACGUCGAGCAAGAAAUUACGGGUGAUGAUACCCCUGCCAUUCAGGCCGUCUUGGAUGCCGACGUGUGGCGCAAACGCCUAUUGGCCGAUCAAGAAAAAAUAUCUAAGCAGCUAGCCUCCCUUGAAGCAGAAAGAUCCUCAAUGGCGGAUACCUCGAAAGAUGCAGCCCGACUUGAUCAUGAGAGAGAGGGCCUUGAUAUUACUCUGAAUGAUAUCCAUUCCAAACUUGCAGAGAUGGAGUCGGAUAAAGCAGAGUCUCGUGCUGCCAGUAUCUUGGCCGGUCUUGGUUUCUCGGCCGAGAGACAACAGUUUGCAACGAAGACCUUCUCUGGUGGUUGGCGGAUGAGAUUGGCUCUGGCUCGAGCUUUAUUCUGUGAGCCAGACUUGCUUCUGCUGGAUGAACCGUCAAACAUGUUGGAUGUUCCGUCCAUUACGUUCUUGUCCAAUUACCUCCAGUCUUAUCCUAGUACCGUGUUGGUGGUUUCGCACGACCGCGCUUUCUUGAACGAGGUCGCUACAGAUAUAAUGCAUCAGCACUCGGAAAGACUUGAUUACUACAAGGGUGCCAACUUCGAUUCCUUCUAUGCGACGAAGGAGGAGAGGAAGAAAAACGCGAAGCGUGAAUAUGAGAAACAGAUGGCCGAACGGGCCCAUUUGCAAGCGUUCAUUGACAAAUUUCGGUACAAUGCGGCCAAAUCGUCCGAAGCACAAUCGAGAAUCAAAAAGCUCGAGAAAAUGCCCGUGCUGGAAGCCCCGGAGAGCGAUUAUGUGGUUCAUUUCAAGUUCCCAGAAGUCGAGAACCUAUCUCCACCCAUUGUGCAGAUGUCCGAAGUUGCCUUUGGAUAUACCAUGGACCGACCCCUUCUUAAAAACGUUGACCUCGAUGUUCAGCUUGACUCCCGCAUAGGCAUUGUUGGACCCAACGGUGCCGGUAAGACAACCGUGUUGAAACUCCUCACGGGCCAGCUCCAACCCACGUCUGGGUUUAUCUCCCAACAUGCUAGGUUGCGAGUCGGGUUCUUCGCCCAGCAUCACGUGGAUGCGUUGGAUCUUACCACUAGCGCGGUGAGCUUCAUGGCGAAGACAUACCCAGGAAAGACGGAUGAAGACUACCGUAGACACCUGGGCGCGUUCGGUAUCACUGGCAUGACAGGUCUCCAGCGAAUGGAACUCCUUUCCGGAGGUCAAAAAUCUCGUGUUGCCUUCGCUUGCUUGUCAUUAACAAACCCCCAUAUUCUCGUUCUCGACGAACCGUCCAACCACCUCGAUAUUGAAGGUAUGGACGCGUUGUCCGAAGCUUUGCAGAAAUUCGAAGGGGGUGUUGUCAUGGUAUCCCACGACGUGACAAUGCUACAAAAUGUCUGCACCAGCCUUUGGGUGUGUGAUAAGGGCACCGUACACAAAUUUGAUGGCACUGUCAAUGCCUACAAGAAGAUGAUCAGUUCGCAGGCCAAUGAGGCUGGUGUUGCGGUGGCUCACUAACCUGGCAUAGAUUCUUAGUAUUGUUAGUACUAACCCUCAGGCUAGUCACCAAUGAAGCACUCCUUUAUUACUCC